AUGAAACCCUCUGCUAUCGAGAUGAAGGUUAAUUUAAUCACUAAAAAAAUUGACAAUCUUAACAUCAAAGGUGCACUUAGAUUGGUUUCUACUCAAGACUCCCUCGCCGAACCUUCAAACGACACAUACUUGAAGCUCUGCAAAAAACACCCUUCUACAACUAUAACCCCUAUAUCUCUACAGCCUCACUCUACAUGCGCAUCACAAUUUACCACUGAUGAAGUGAGGAAAGCUAUCCUUUCCUUUCAUCGAGAUUCAGCACAAGGCCUUGAUGGAAUCCGUCCUAUAUUUCUCCAGGACAUUACUUCCCCCUCAAUAUGUUCUCAAACUUCCAUUCUUUCCAAAAUUACAAACUUUUGCAACAAAAUCUUAAAAGGUGAUGUGCCAACCUUUGUUUCCCCUAUUUUUUUCGGUGCCAGGCUAAUAGCCCUUCAAAAACCCAAUAAUGAUUUAAGACCGAUUGCAAUUGGCUCGACCUUUCGUCGUUUAGUAGCUAAAAUGAUUUCCUCUCGAAUAAAGCAUGAAGCUUCAAAUAUACUAAGUCCUUUUCAACUUGAUGUUGCUAUACCUGGCGGCUGUGAAGCUGUUGUUCAUCUAAGGAGAAUACACUUAGAAACCCAGCCAACCAACGAAUCUUUAGUCAAAAUCGACUUCAACAAUGCUUAUAACACUCUUUCUCGGAAUUCCUUUCUGUGCUCAUCGAGUAUUCUCUUUCCUGGUUACACUAAAUUCUUUUAUUCAUGCUAUCAACAGCCUUCCACUCUCCAAUUUGAUACCUAUAAAAUUCCUUCGAUUGAGGGCAUACAACAGGGAGAUCCUCUAGGUUCUUUAUUUUUCUGUUUAGGGAUCAAUGAAAUUGUUAAAUCUAUUAACGAGGCAUGUUCAUUAUCAUUGCAUGCAUGGUACAUAGAUGAUGGAAUCCUUUGUGGUCCAAACGACGAAAUCAAUAAAGCUGUAAUGAUAAUCAAGGAUGCAGGGCUAUCCAUUGGUCUAUCAAUCAACCAUGAAAAAUCAGAAUUCAUUUCAAUUAAUUCAUCUGAAAACAAUUUUCAUAAUUUCAAACAGAUUACUCUUGAGGAAUUAUCUCACAUAGGUGCUCCCGUUGGUGGACACACAGCCAUAUCAUCCUUCCUACAAUCUACACUCAAAACCCUUAAUGAGUUGGCUGACCUAUUUUCCCUUCUCCCCUCUCAUAAAGCCUUUUUUCUCCUGAAAAAUUUCUUCAAUAUCCCAAAAAUUCUUUACGCACUCCGCUCUACCCCUAUUUUUAAAUUUCCCAUUUCCUUAGGCAUUUAUGAAAAUGGGAUUAAAGUCCUAAUUGAAAGUAUCCUUAAUCUAAAAUUCCAUGAUUUAGCGUGGAUACAAGCCACCCUUCCCACCAAGAUGGGAGGACUAGGCAUCAGAUCCCCUUCCGAUCUUGCCUUAACUGCCUUUAUAUCGAGCUGUCUUUUAACAAAAAAUUUAGACAAUCCUAAUUCCUUAAAUUCUGACCCUUCCUUUGAUAGUGCCAUCAUUGAAUGGAAAUCUCGAUUCAUUGCCGACCACCCAAUUCUAGAAACGAACACGCAGAAGGAAUGGGAUAAGCCCAUUAUUGCAAGCUGCUUCGAAUCUCUCCUUUCCAGUAUGCAAUCAUUGGACCGUCCCUUAUUCUCCUCUCUGCUUAAUGGUUCUGGACAUGAGUUUCUCGAAGCCAUUCCAUCAGCGAACUUACAAUUACAAUUGACCCAAAAUGAGCUAACUCAUGCUAUAGGCAUCCGUUUAAAUUGCUUAGUAACCCAACCCCACAUCUGUGCCGGCUGCAGUUCUACUGUUUUGAGUAAUGGAAGGCAUAGUCUACAUUGUCGUUCAUGUAAAGGCCGCAUCGUUAGACAUAACAUUUACAAUUCUAUAAUUCUUAGAGCUCUGAGAUCCGCUCAAAUUCCUUCUAUUCUCGAACACUCUGGUCUUUUCAGAUCUGAUGGGAAACGCCCUGACGGGAUCUCUCAAAUUCCCUGUAAGCGAGGUCAAUUCUUGGUCUGGGAUUACUCUUGUAUUGAUCCAUUGGCUCCUUCCAAUCAAUCCCUUAACAUUCUGGAGAACAAGGAGCUUCUAAAAUUGGCAAAAUAUUCAGAGAUAUCCCAAGAUCACUUAUUCAUUCCCAUCAUUUCCACUACCUUGACUACCUUUGGGAAUCGUGCUCUUUCUUUCUUCAAGGAACUUGGAUCGCUAAUCCGCAAACUAACAGAUGAACCUCGUGAAGGCUUCUUCUUAAGAUAA